UUCAACAGCGCAUGCGCAGUGCUUUGGACAUAAGGAAGUAUAUUUCCAAUGGAUGGAUUUCCAAACUACGAUGUGGCACCAUAGAGGCUCGUUCUGCUGUAGAUAAACACACAUACGGUGUUAAUUAUACCUCGACUGACGCUCCUAAUGAAGCAAUAUGUUGGGGGCUGGACUAUCCAACAACAAGGUCAAGUAUUCCCGUCUGGCAGCUGAUGACGACGGUUACAUCGACUUACAGUUCAAGAAAAGCCCACCAAAGGUCCCCUACAAGGCAAUCGCGCUGGCAAUAUUCCUGUUUAUGAUUGGCUCCUUACUGAUAAUCUUCGGGGCUCUUCUUCUGUCAGGAACCAUAAAAGUGGAGAACCCAGACCGCACCAUUCCUGUCAUCAUCAUAGGGGUGCUCGUUUUCCUUCCUGGAUUUUACCAUUUGAGGAUUGCCUACUACGCCGCAAAGGGUUACCGGGGUUACUCGUACGACGACAUCCCAGAUUUUGGCGACUGACCCCAACACUCGCCAUACUUUCUAACCUAGACUGUUGCCUGCUUUUACUUUAAUAACUGAUCACUGGAGUCACACGUUUGUUGUUUUUUAUGAUUCUGUGUUGUUUAUUUGACGCUCUGUGUUGUCUUAUCUUCCACACAAAUGGUUGACGAACCUUAGAGGCUUUAUAUAUACAACAUUAUAAAAAAAGAGCCAAACACUUAAAGAGAAGAGGACCUGUUACGCUACAGCAACAUGUCGCUGAUGUAUAAAUAAGUGAUGAGAUGAGAGAAAACACAGAUGCCUUUAAAGUUACUCCUGCUAGACGAUCCGUGACCUGGAAGACCGAGAAGCUUUGUUUUCUUUGCACAGUUGCACUGCUGUUUUUAUAGUAUAUCAUAAAAACAAGAAUUUAUUUGCAAUUGUAGUCUACACACUUUGAAUGCAAAGCUUAUAGGGACUGAUAUUCCCUUGAAAUAUUAUAUUUGCAGUGCUAUCCAAAGAUUGAUCACUUUGUCGAAGUACACUAUAUUUUUGAGUGAAAUGUAUUACUUUCUGUAUGAAGUCUUGCUGUUUGUGCAUAUUCAAUCGUCUUAAAAUAUCAAAGAAAGAUGUAUUUUUACAUGCAUUACCUGAUUAAAAAAGUGAAAUGAAGUAAAAGGAGAAAUCUA